AUGUCAGGCAACAGCAGCACUGUGGCCACGCCCACAUCUUCGGCCGGCGGGUUUGCGGCCUCGUCGAGCGAUGCGUCGACCUCAUUAGGAACGUCCCUUGUCGGCCGCCAAAGCGUGUACUUGUACGGCUUCAUGGCGACGGUCGGCCUCUUGGCGGCAAUCGCACUCGGUCUCGUUGUCCGGGCCUACAUGGUAAGGCGCCGGUACAGACAGCGCAUGAUCGUUGCCAUCGCCAAUGGCGAGGUAGUACCACAAUAUCACAGUCCGUGGUAUGUGCGGUACAACGAUCCCACGCCGCCAGCGAAGAAGCUGCCAGACUUUGGGCCCAUGCCGAACAUGUGGGAGAACGAGAUGCGGCUGCUGGACGGUACCGUGACUGUCAACGAAAAGGAGGCUUUGGAAAGAGCCAGAGUUGCCCAGAGCGAGGACUGGAGCUGGUUGACACCCAUUUCUGUCAACCACAUUCACCCUUACGUUGAACCACCUCCACCCCCACCACGCGUUGUCCCCCAGAUCCCAACUGUUCGCGCCGAGAUGCUCGAGGUCCUCUACGACCUCUUUCCCACGCCAAGGCGGCGGAGGGCUGCGGCGGCCGCGGCGGCCAUGCCCCGUCCAGAACGGCCCCCUCCGGCGCCGACAACAAUGUCCCCGCCCACGGUCGCCGAAGUGCCUCCACCAGGCUCGGACGUGCGCGUCGGCGUGCUCAUCGCCCUCCCAUGUGAAGGAAUGGGCAAGGCGUGGGCACCGCUGGAUCCCGAGGAAGCAGAGGUGCCCGAGGUGUGUCUGGGUGUGAUGGAGGCGUAUGUCGUCGAGGAAGCUGCUCCAACAUCCAACAAGCGCAAGCGCGAGCACGAGCGGCAUGCGGCCGAGAAGACGGAGCGCAUCUGGGGUCGGAUGAAGGGCGCGACAACGACUUGCGCAAUCACGUCACUCCGGCGCACCACCGUCAAGAACGGCCUUACCCCCAACGGCCUUGCCGUGGAAGUGGGCGACCUCGUUCAGUUCUCUGGACGAGACGGUGCACCUCGGGAGGGCCUCGUUCGCCGCAUCUUCAAGGCCGAGUGGGAAGCCAGAGGCGAGCUCGAGCGGCGGGCCGUCUACUGCCACCUCCACUUGGUCCAGAAGUCGCUGGUAGCGAACGAAUGGGACUUGGUCCAAGGACGCUGCGCCAAUGUUAACCGCGGUCUCCUCAAGCGAAAAGUCCCGGGCCUUGUUCGAUAUGUUGCCAACAAUGCUGGCGUGUGGCGGGAGCCGCGUCCAUCCGGUCGGUCACCACGGGAUGCCAAGGACACCGAGUCGGACCCCUUCAGGACGACCAGCUGCGACUCGUGCAUCUCGCGACACCUGUCUGACCUCCGCAGACCUGUCCUGCACAUGAAUGGUGCUUUCGACUACAAUGGCGAAAGCUUCCACAGGGGUGACUUGGUGUUUGUGGCUAGCAAGGACGACGACGGCGUCCACACCCUUGGUGUGAUGACGAGGGCAGCGAUACAAGCGGACGUGGUUACGAUCGACCAGGUCCUUCCCUCGAAUGUCAAGACGACGUUCGUCAUGCAGCGCUGCGAGAGGACACAGAGGUUGGCCGGUGACACCAACAACUCUGAGCGCUCAAUAUAUCUGACCAACGACUUUGAGCGCCGUUUUGUCUCGGACAUACAAGGCAAAGGAGUUGUAAACGUUCCCGGCCAUUACCUCAACUUCGACCUCACCAAAGUCCUGCCUCGCGGUGCCACCAAGGACGUCGCCGCCCUCCUCGACGCGGAUGUCCAGAGGUUCUGCGCCACUUGCCACGACCAGGCGGCCGCGGACGUCCAGUUCACGGACGUGCGCCUUCCCUCUCAAGACCUGUAUGCCGGUGGCGGAGGCAGUGUGCAAGGCGCAAAGGGCCACUUCGACGUUCAGUUCGUCGUCGACUCCGACCCGGGCCACUCGCGCGCCAAUCACGCCCGGAACGGCCAAGAUCCCCACGCCGACCCGCGCAACGGGGAAGUCUUUGUCGCUCUGGCGGAAAUCGAGCGCGUGCAGCCCGACGUGGCGGUGCUGGAAAACGUGCCAGGUAUGAUGGACGAGCGCGAGGCGGCCCACGGCGGCCGGGUCAACUUCUGCGAGGAGACCAUCAAGCGCGCGCUGUACAUGGGGUACCAGGUGCGCGUCGGCCUCCUCAACGCGCGCGAGUAUGGCAGCCCGCAGGACCGCGUUCGUCUCAUCAUCAUCCUGGCCCGGAAAGGGAUCCCCCUUCCUGAUUUCCCUCCUGCCACUCAUGCUGCCGCCCCCCGCUCCACGGUCCUUCCCUUCUGCAGUGAUCGAAUAUUCGACCCUCUCAAGCGGACCUACCUCGGUUCGGCGCCGUUCGCAGCCAUCACUUGCGGCGACGCAAUCGGUGACCUCGACGGCAAGUGUUUCCGCGCGUGGAGUUACAACCUCCGCGACCCCGGCUCUGUAUUCGCGCCGGGCCACUCAACUGUCGUGGCAUCAUGGCCUGUGACGCCGCCCACCGCCGAGGCCAAGGACGCCAAGGAGAAGCGCGCCCACAUGAACCAGGGCGUGUACACACUCCUGACCUCGUCCAAAGUCGGCGGCAAGUCGAGCUACCCGAUCCAUCCAACGGCAUUCCGCACGUUCACGCAGGCUGAACGAAAGCGGUUCCAAGGAUUCCCGGACGCGUACAAGUUCGCGGGAGACGUCGGGGACAUUGACCGCGUGAUCGGCAACGCCGUCUGCGUCAACAUGGCCAGCGCGAUCUGUCGGCAGAUCAAAGCCGACGUGUAUCAGGCCUUCUGGGAGGCGCACGGUAGGCCGGACACGGCGCGGUUCUGGCGACUGUGGCGCGAAGCUCACCCCGUGCCACACGCCACACCGGCUCCCGCCAACGUCAUCGCCAACAACGCCGACCGCCAGCGCCGACAACCGCGCCCUGCCACUGGCGUCGAAGUCAUCGACCUCACCCACCUAUAG